UAGAAAUCAACUAACAAACAAUAAACAAUCCGAAUUCACAAUAAACAACAAUCAUCCCCUAACACCAAACAAUAAACGACGAUCAUCCCAACAAAAAAGGGAUCCUUAUUCAUAAUCACUAUGAUGCAACGAAAUCAUCAAUUCAAUAAUUUAAAAUUAGGUAUUAAAUUAUCAUUAAUUACUAAUGCUCAAUAUCGUUAUGAAGGAAUAUUAGCCGGUAUUAAUUUAAUUGAUAAUACAAUCAUAUUAAAAAAUGUGAAAUUUUUUGGUUAUGAAAAUCGUCUACCACCAAAUAAUGAUAAAGAGAAUCAUGAUCCAAAUUAUGAUCCAAAUCAAAAAAAUAAUAAAAUACCAAUAAUUGGAACAAUAUUUGAUUCAAUUACAUUUUGGAUAUCAAGUAUUCAUCAAAUUUAUUCAUUGAAUCCAAUGAAAUCAUUCAAUAAAUCUGAAUUAAACAAUAAAACUAUGAUUAAAACAAAUUUAUCUAUAAGAAGUCAUCAAGAGAAACGUAGACAACAUACUAGUUUGUGUUAUCCUCCUAGGGAUCAAAGGCAUCUCAUGGGAAUAAGUUCAUUUAAAAAUAAGUCAACUACUGGAGAUUCAUUAGUUGUGAAUAGUCGUAGAGAUUCAUCAAAUCAACGUACCGUACAUCAAUCACGUAUACUGGAUUCGUACUCUCGUAGAAGUCGUAAUGUGAGACCUUUACUGAAGCAAAGGAAUUACAUGCCUAUGUUUCAAGUUGUUCCACAUCCGGGAAACUUUUACAAGUUUGGUUAUCCUCUGACCGUACAAAACCCACCAUUCAGACUUCUGAGUAAUUCUAUUCCACCUAAAUUUGGCCAUUUGGGAUUACGAUAUUUUAACAAAAAACAAAAUCGACCUAUGAGGAUUCCAAACAGUGGUUACAGACAACAUAUCCAAAGUAGUGUGAAUCCUUAUGGAAUGUAUGUUUAUUUAUCUCCUGAAAUGGCGACAACUAUGCAACAAAGAUCGACCAAUUUUAUGACCCCUCGGUUUAGAGGAACCAGACGCCGGGUGACAGAAAGAAAAUCAACAAGAAACAAUCGCAAAGUUCUAUCUGAAGAAAUAGAUUGUACUAAACCAUAUGAUUUUGAAAUGGCAAAUGCUGAACUAGAAGCCGAGUUGGCUAAAAUGAACUUGAAUACGGAUGAAGAUUCAGUGAGUCAAGAGAACUCGGAGGUAGAUCAAACUGUUGGCGAACGGCCAAUACCGUCGACGGCAGCAAAUAACGCUUCGAGAUUACAAACCAAUCCCAAUACUUUAUCUGGGGAAUCCCCUUCAGGAGUAGUUAGUUCUACUACGGCCAAUAGCACAAACGUUCUCAUUUCUGAAAACAAACGUUCAUCUGAGAGUAAGGAAACUCUAUCUAAAGGUGAAUACUACGUUCGAGAAAAAUGCUUUUACGAUCAGAUAAGUAGAUCAGAUGGACGACCAAGAGGCCUUACCGACCUUCAGAGUGGACGGAGAAAAUAUAAGCAAUCAACGAGCAGCCAUUAUGAUAUUGGUUUAUCAACAUCUGGAAAAAAAUCUAAUGCAAACGGUAUCAUGACUCGAAUCACUCGAGCUUCAUCAUCUAAAAGAGAACGUCUAUUGAAUUUUGAAACUUUUGGUCCAAUGGCAACUAGAAGACUUUAUUGGCCAAAACGAAAAAGUUCUAGUGUUCCUCGUAACUUAUUGGUUUCUGCAUCAGCCUAAUAAAACAGGAUUAACAUUGACAAAACUAUGAUAUGAAAAUUGUUUAUUUCGUUCAUUAACAUAGUUGGUUGAUUGUUUGAUAAGGUUAUGGACAAUAUGAUGAACGGAUGAAUUUUCUGACUACAAUAACCUUUGUUGAUUCUGUUUAUUAUUCUUAAAUGAUGUUAUCUUGUGUUGAUUCAAAUAGAUGUUCUUCUUUCAUUUGAGAAUACGUAUGAUGUAACAAAAGUGAAUAAUUCGUUUCCAAUUAUUAGAAUUCACAUUUCCAUAACAAGAUAAGUUGAACACAGACAUGAUAACUACAGUCAUUCAGUAAUCUAUAUUGUCUAGUUUUAUUUGAGAUACAUUUUUAUGAAAUAA